AUGGACGACACCGAGGCGUUUAAUGACUUUGCAGCUAACACAGUCUACGAUUUAUUUGCUGAUGAUGACGAAGACCUUUAUCUGAAUGAGGAGGAGUAUGAACAAACAAAACCAAGUGAAGGUGUGGAUGAAUUUUCGCGUAAGAGAAACGCUAAAUUAGGACCAUUUUCUACCGAUACUUUCUGGAAAAGAGCAGAUGAUAGGAGGUAUGAUCUUAAAAACCACCUUUGGGAUUUCAUGAUAUACAAUUCCAUAAGAGAGCAAUCUUUUGGAAACUAUAAGGGUCAAGUUGAAAUGAUGAACUCACAACUGAUGCUUAGUAUAGCAGAGUGUAAAAACAAUGUAUUAAAUUCACUAAACGAACUAGAUCAUUUCUACAAAAAAGAACAGUCAGAUCCAGGCCUAAAUAACUAUUAUGAAAAUAAUGCAGAUAAGAAUUUGGACGAUGAACAUAAAAAUCAAGUGGAAGCAUGUUUCGACAAGUUGAUUAGAGUAGUAUUGGACAAAUUUAGAAUAAAGUUAGAUUUGACCACCUCAGAAUCAAAUGACAAUUCUGGUUUCGAAGAUAUGACUACAUCCCCAAGAAGUGAUAAUAUCAACAAACAAAUCUGUGAAUACUUAAAAUCAAGGAAACAAGUUAGGCAACUUUUCAGAGAGUUCGCAGAUUACAGAAGAACAAAGAACCAGUUGAUUAGGAAAUCGUUACACGAACUAUUGAAAAGUUUUAACGAGUUUAGGAACAAGAUAUUACAGGAAGUAUAUCAGGAUUCCAAGGGUAAUAAGAUGAAUCUCACCAGAUUUGUCAAAAACAUGGAUAAAGUUACUUCGAGAUUCGAUUUUUUCUGCGAAUACAGGUUCCACAACUUAGCAACUUACUUUAGGAAUAAGGAAGAAGUUGAUAACUACAUUGACAGUUUCGUUGCCUUUAACACUUUCACAGAUGAUUUCUCACAAUUCAAUAACAAUUUUAACCCAAAUUUGAGACAACCAACUCCUACAACUACAAGUCGCACCACUACCGAUACAUUUGUUGGUGAAACCGCACAGACUAAAACAACUAAAGAUAAAACAAAAAUUGAUAAAGAACCCGAACAAAUGCCUCGGGAAAUACCUACUGAGGAAGAUGAGAUGGAGAGUAUAUUCAAUUUCAUGGGUGGAGAUGUUUCUCAGAAUUUCAUCCAAACUCAAGAUCAAUCUGAAAUUAAACAAAAAUCAGAUUCUAGAAGUGGAGAAUAUAAGGAUAUGAAUUUAGAUGAAGAUAAUGCAAAGAGGAUGGAAUUUGAUAAUAAUCCUAUGAUGGAAUCAAAGGUAGUAAAAGAUAGGCAAAAAGAGGAAGAAGAUGACUUAAAACUACUACAAGAAGCCAGAAAGAAAGCGGCCGAAAUACUAAGGUAUACAGUACACACUUCAUACUGGGUUGUAUUAGCAUUUAAAGGCCUUUUUAAUUCUCAUUUAUUUUAA